GGGAGGGGGAGGCUGGAGACCGUACAGGAGGAGCAGUCUCUCGAGUCACACACGAGUGAGGAGGCUGGAGCCGCGAGCCGAGACGUGAAAGCUGUAUUGUCAAGCACACGAUAAAACACGCUGUGGUGGACUGACACAGUUGGGACUACAGACAGACUACAUGCACCAUUCUCUCUAGCUUUAAGAAGGCCAGAUAUCAAACGUCAUCAUGAAUUUUGUAAUGAAGCAAGCACUGGGGGGGGCCACCAAAGACAUGGGAAAGAUGUUAGGUGGAGAAGAAGAGAAAGAUCCAGAUGCCCAAAAAAAGGAAGAGGAGAGGCAAGAGGCACUGAGGCAACAAGAGGAGGAGAGGAAGGCCAAACACGCUCGUAUGGAGGCAGAGAGGGAAAAGGUCAGACAGACCAUUCGAGAUAAGUAUGGACUGAAGAAGAAAGAGGAGAAGGAGGCUGAAGAGAAAGCAGCUAUGGAGCAAGCCUGUGAGGGCUCACUGACCCGCCCUAAAAAGGCCAUCCCAGCAGGGUGCGGGGACGAUGACGACGAGGACGAGGAGAGCAUUUUAGACACCGUUCUCAAAUUCCUGCCUGGACCUCUGCAGGACAUGUUUAAAAAGUAAUGGACACAAGACUUUGUCCUGGGGAUGGUGGGCAUUUUUUUUCAUGGGGUCAGAGGGGAAGAGAAUAGUUGUAAUUUGGGAGUAGGGAUUGCGGGUAUUUUGCCAAACUGUGGGAGGCUUCUUCACUGCCUUGACAAAGUCUUAGCUUUUCUUUCUACGGAUGAAAACAGUUCAUACCCCUACAAGGUCUGGUCUUUUCACUGCCAUUCAGGUUCAAAUUGUUUACACUUUAGAGGUCUUUCUAUUAGUUAAAGUUAACUUAUAUGCACAACCAUGGCCUCAUGCUUUUUUUGUAGGCCAUCAGUAUUCAGUGGUCAGGCCCUAAUAAUAAAGGGAACAACGUCAAGGUAUACAUUCCAUACGGUUGACACUAUUGAAGUCUGGCACUGGGAUAAGGUGUGUGUUUAGAUUGGUCUUUUUUCUCAAACUCUGAAACUUGACAAAUUCAUUGAGGGCAAUUUACAACAGCAAAUUUAGCAUGCUGCCUUCCAUUCACUUCCUACUCAUGGAAGUUUUUUUGAUUUCUUUCUUUUUUUCUGAUUAAAAAAAGGACUGCAAAUGUCUCUCUGUGGGAUGCAAGAGGUCAAGUUCUGUCUUGUUUUGAAUGGAGUGGUGAAGCCCCUACAAAACAGUGACUUAUGUGGGUUUGUUGUAGUCAUAGAUGAUAUGAUGAUGCACUGCUCAUAAUAGUCCCAAGAGAUGAUUGUCUGAGUUGUUAUGCCAUUCCAGACGACCUGAAUGCUAAAACUGUAUGCAGUCUGACAGUUCUCAUUUCUUUGUGAUACUCUUAUUGUAUACUCUUCUUCCCUUUUUUAAAAUAAUUGUCUUUUCAUUUGUUUUUGCGCAUGAGAGAAUAUGAUCGUACUUCGCAUUAGUCCUGCCAGCAAAAAGAUUUUAGGAGAGUAUAGUGUCUGAGUUUGCAUUGGGUUAAAAGCACUGCCACAUUUGACAUAACAAAUGAUUUAUAGGGCCAAAUUGUUUCUACGAAGGUAAUUUUCUCAAAAUUCUUAAAAAUAUAAUAUAUAUCUAUUACACAUGCAUUAAUAGUCACCCAGACUGAUGCACUGAAGGGAGCUAGAUUUUCAGAAAAUAAGUUAAUUUGUUCAAAGCUGGUAACCUUUCCCCAAAGACAAUCAACGCUAAUCACUGCUGGAGGAGAAACUCCUCAAUCUUGCCUUCAGUUUAUAAUUAUAUAUGAAGAAAAUAAUGGGACCAAUGACCAACGCACUGCAGUUCAUUUCUGCAGUAAUGGCUGUUCAACAGUGUUAGUCUGUUACCUCCAAACAGAUCCGUAAUUGGCCUGCUUUUGAUGCACCCAUUUUCAAGAAAAGGCUCUUUGCAAGUGCCUUUGCAGGUGCCACUGCUUUGCUGUGUAAAAUGCCUUUCCUGUUUUUUUUCUAUCUCAGAUCUUUGCCCAUGUUUUUUUUUUUUUUUUUCUGAAGCACUGACCAGGCUCAAAUUUCCCAACAGUUGAUACCAGUUGAUAACAGAUAUUGAGUUUCAGUUUGCAUCAAGAAACCAACAGACCAAAGAGAGAGUGAUAAAAUCUGAUUUGAUUUGAACAUUAGGUCUUCAGGACUGGUUUUGCUGUUUGCUGUGACCAGAGAACUGACAGCAAGCUGCAAGUAGAGAUAGCGUUUCACAAUCUAGCUCCCCAAUAUCAGGAUCAUAUCUUGAUUUCUAUGAAUGGUAUAUUUGUUACUUUGUUAGUCUAAUUUUGAUCAGUUGCUUUUUGUUUGUGGUUUUAAUUUACUAAAGGAUCUACAACAGCUCACCUAUCCAAACAUAACCAAGUAAUGUUCUCAGUAAUACUACUGGGAUACCACCUUAUGUGAAGGCUUAUGAAACAAGAUUUAAGUUUAUAUGACCAGCUUAUGCGAGUAAGUGCAAGAUGACAUAAGAUGACCUGUUAAGUAAAUGAUCACAUUGCAUUGGGCCUUAAUUGUGAUUGACAUUUGUUCCAUUUAUGACACUAUUAUGAAGCAUCAUUCCCAAGUAGUAGAACUUAGUAGAUCUAGCUAACUUAUGUAGGUGUCGUGUAACCUUAUGACACCUGACCUUCAUUACAGUGUUACUCAGUUUUCCCAUUCAAAGUCUGAGUAUCUCUUCCAUCAACUGCUGUUUAUUUCUACCAUAGAAGCUGAUUUAAUUUGAAGUAUGGUAAAAAAGUAUGGUUAAAAAAGCUGGCCUAGUUUGAUUAAUGUGGCCGGAAACGUAUCAAAGUCCGAAACCUUUUAUGUUACUAUUUAUUUUGAGUUGAAACUUAGAUAAUAAACAAAACACUUUUUGGGAGGUUAUAUUUACAUGGUAAAAUGAGUAUUUACAUGAAAAAAUAAUACUCAUCAGGUCAAGAAAUCGUGGGUUUAGUAAUGCAUGAUGAAUAUUAUAUACACCCUUUAUCGAUAGGUGACAAAGGAAAGACAGUAGAUAUUUUUAGCAAUUAUAUAGGUGUAAAAACGUAAAGUGAGUUUUUGAAAACUUGAUGCAACCCAAUUUACAUAAAGUCCUUUAUGACCAUUCAAUUGGCUUCUUAAGCAUCAAAAUAUGUUAAAAGUGAAUAUGAAACAUUAGAAAUAGCUUUAGGUCAAAUACGCCAGGUGAGUUUUCUAUUUCUAAUAGGAUGAUAGUAAACGAUGUAAACUUUUUUUCUAGUGCUGAAAGUUUUUUCACUAGUUAAAGCCAUAUUGUUUAGACUGCAAUAAUUAAUGAAAAUAAUAUAUAGGUAAUUCACCUUUUAGUCAUGCAUUUGUUUCCUGUAAAGAUGUAGAGGUUCGUGGAUCCUAUCUACCUAGCUUAUGUGUCUUUAUUCUCUUCCAUUAUAUAUGUGAACCUGUGUAUAUACUUAGGUAUAUAUGCAAACAUUUCUAUAAAGAAAACAUGCGAAAAAGCCAUUGUUGACGUCUUCUGUAUGUAUUACGAGUUCUAUGUGUAAGUGUGUCCAUGUCUGUGCUCGUUUGUAAUGUAAAACGUCGUUAGUUCAUGUACUAUGUUGAUGCUGUGGCUGUUUCAUAAUGUUCUAAUGUGCACAACUCAAAGUCUCAUCGUCUCGGGGUCAGUGCGGUCUGGCUGGGGAGGCUCCUAACGUCUGACAUGCAUGCAGUCUAAUACCAAAACGCUAUGUACUAGGUUCUGUGCUGUUUACGUGUCACUGUCCCUGCAACAGAAGCUGCUCAUUUGGUCAAUUGAAAGGUCGGUUUCAGUUGUUAUGAAUGAAUUGGUCCCUGCAUUAAGGCCACUGCCUGUAUUCCAGUUCUAUAGUUAAGAUUGCUUAGCUCUGAACAGCAGGGCGUGUGGACUUCUGGAACAAAAAUCAGGUGUUGUUGAAUGAAAACGUCUAAAUCUACAUUUUUAUCAAGCUUCAUGGUCAUAGAUGAUCACGUUUUAUAUUUGUAAAGUACAUUUUGUAGACUUCACAUUUGGAAAUGGAAUUUUUAGUCAUUCAGGCUGCAACCUGAGUCGUACAUCUCUUCUAGACUUCACAUUCCAAUUGAAAUGACAAUUACAGGAGCACAUUGAAUAUUUCAUACAUCUCACACUAUCAGAUCUAACGCCUUUGUGACGUCUUUACAUAUUUAUCAUGUUUGCAAAUGGCAUUCCUAUUCUGUGUGAAGCUAACAUUACUUACUAAUCAACCGAAGGGCUGUGUUGAUCUGUCUUUGCUUCUGACUUCAAGGAUCUGAUAUUCACAGUAACUUUCUGAAGGUUUAUUCAAAAUAUCUGAAGACUGAUAUUUUAAAAUGUUGAUGUAUUGGUUAUGUAGGACUGAGUGGGCAUGAGUCUUCCUCUAUUAAAACAUUUGGCAUCUAAAACCAGUUGAUUUGUGCGAGCUUUCGCAUUUUUUUGCAUGGAUUAACAGCUGCAUUGAUAUGAAUAUUCACCAGUGAAGACAGUCCAGCUCAGAUAUCUCUAGCCAUCAUUAUUUUUAUCACAUGUAGACUUCAUCGCUUCAAAUUCAGGCCUAACAGGUCACAUGUAGUAAACUACAGUGCAUUCAAAACACUAUACAGUGCAGUGCAAAAGUCAGGGACCACCCUUCAUUUGAUUUAUUUUCACUCAAAAUGGCCAUUAAGCUGGUUAAGCUUCUAUUCUUUUCAGGUGACUCACUUUCAGUUUUUCAAAGAAAUCUGCAGGGAUAUUUUUCCACACGUCCAAAGUUCAGUCUUAGAAGUCGGUUGGAUUUUCCGCUUCUUACAUUCCAAGUAAUCCCACACACACUUAGUGAUGUUGAGGUCUGGAUUCUUUGGUCGAGUUGCUUUGCUCAGUAAUGGCUUGACAUCUACACAUCCUUUCAUACUGGUAGCAUAGAGUUGUCCUCUCACCGUGGAUGAAGGGACAGAAAAACCUGAGGAUUCUUUCAGAUCUGAAACAAGAGUGGAGCUUGAUUUCCUCCUCUCUCUCAAAGAUGAAAGCUUUAAGUUUUGUUUAUCUGAUGGUGACAGUGGUGGUCUACCAGGUCCAUUUUCUCUUUGUUAUUUAAUAUAUAUAUUUUUAAGCCCACUCGUUUCUCUUCUUCCUUUAUUUCUGUAUUAAUGAAUUAAUUAUUUAUAUUUUACAUAAUCCUCUGAGAAAUAUCAGUUGAAAAAAAUAAUAGCUUGUGCUUAAUGGACAGUAAAUAAAUGAAGGGUGGUCUUUUCACAGUACUGGAUAUGACGAUGUUUGCUCUUUCACUGACUGUUCAAUGCCAAAUAUCGUUCAUUAGCUCAUCUGCCCACAAUGAAAAGCGUUAGUGUCUGUCGGCUGUCCUCUUUGUCAUGUUCCAAGGCAAACACCGUAGGAUCUUCCUGUGCUAAGGGCUAUUAUCAGCACAUUUCCACAGGGGGAAAUAUUCCACUGCCACGGCACCAUGGUGUUCUGAUGUUACUAUCGUUAACUUCUUUGUUUUACAGAGGAGAAUUAGACCGAGUCCGCAGGAAGGGAGGGUCUGAAAUAUUUGUCUCAGUUUUUUGCCUGUGCAUUUUCUCCCACAGUAAAAUAAAUAAUUCUCCAAUUUGUUUUUGAUGCACAUUAUGUAAACUAAAACAUUAGUUUGAAUGAAUCAGCUGUUUUGCCUCACACCAGUGUUCAUUAUCGUCUGCACAAAGGAGCUGAAGCUUGUGGCCCAACAAAGCCAAUAAAUUACAGAUUAACAGAAAUGUCAAUUGGGACGGAUUAAGGAGACGAUUUAACUUCAGGCCAUAGCUGCUCUUUUUCUAACUGCUUUUCUCCGUACACGCACAAAGGGACAGGCUGUGCAUAACACCGUGUUUCUGACAUUUGAGUACUGCUCAACAUGCCCUCUCAGCAUAGAGACAUUAUACAACCUCAGCAUCCACACUCUUCAGGUCAGCCAAAUACUUUCAGAUCUCUUCGUUUGAAUGUUUGUACACAGGUACACUGCUACAAUGCUCACUUAUAAUGAGAAACCAUCUUAAAUCUAGUCAAUAUUUCUAAUAUAUUUAAUCAUAAGAUUUUUGUAAGAAUAUUACAAGAUUGUUACUUUACUUGCUAAGGAAUAUUUUGCUCAUGACAUUGUAUAUAUGACUGUAUUGCAUUGGUUGGAAAGAAAAAAAAAACUAAACUAAAAAAUGUAUAUAUAAUGUUUGUGGGAGUCCUUUUGGGUUAUGUUGCCUUAAGGCAACAUUGUGCAACAAUGGAAAGAAAAGUUAGUGUCAAAUGAAAAACAUGAUUUUUAAAUCUAAAUAUUUGAAACAAAACAGAUUAUGUAUACAAUUUUUUUUCCAAUUUCCUGCAUAGAUUAACAUUCAAUGCUAAAACAUUACAAAACUGAUGAAAAUAUUAGAACAUACUGCUAGAUGAUAAAAAUGAUUAGGCUUUAAGUCACUAAUAUUGCAAACACAUUCAAUACUAAACACACUAGAUAAACACAUAAAUGAUCACAAAUUAAAAAAUUAUUAUAAAUGAGAACUCUUAAGUGACUGCAUGAUUGGCACUUCACUUGCGUCUGGCUAUAUUGAUUGCACUGUCACUCACUGUUGCUUCUAGGCAACAAUCUUUUAAGCAGUUUAAGCAAUUGCUCAUAACAUAAAAAUAAUUAAUAAGACACUGAAUGAUAAAAGCAUGAAUUCCAGCAGAUGUAAAUCAUAUAUUGAGAUGAAUUAAAAUGAGGAAAAACGGCCUUUUCUGUGAGAAAUUAUCUAGUAUUAUCUAGUCUGGGAGAAAUUAUCUAGAAAUGUGCACAUUCCAGCAUCAACAUGCCAGAACAUUGUUUAAAAUGCCCACAAAGAGAUAAUGUGGCAAAGUGCAAGCUUUUUAUCAUAAAGCAUUUUAUUGCAUUUAAUAAUGUAUCAUGUUACUGAAAAAUGAAAAUGAGUUUGUUACCCUGAGGCAACAUUGCGCAAUAGAGGGACAUUUACCUGUUAGGGAAAGUAAUACUCUUACAACAAUCCCAUGAUCUCAUAUUAGGUACAUUGGCUUGAUUUAAGAUGACUUCACUGGUCAACAUAGCAUUUUUUGGCAGUGUACUAAGAGAAAACUGAGAGAAAACAUCAAAUUCUCUUAGUAACUUUAUUUACGUUGUUGACAGCGAUUUCUGGCAGUACAGAAAUGAAGUAAAGUUCAAACGUUGGAUAUUUGAAUCAGUUUCUGUUGCCAGGGACCUAUAAGUUCAAUCAGGGAAAUAACUUUAUUUCUCACUGCAUUUCUGAUAAAGAGUAAAACAGUGUAUUUAAGGCUUGGACUCUAAAAUCACUUUGGAAUGUUAUUUCUCGAAAAAGCAAUUAUAAAAUAUAACUGGACAUGUGACGUAUGAGUAGAAUACAUGUGUUAAUGUUUACUGCUUAAUGUUGAUUUAGUCAUGCACUUAAGGGUAUUACUGGUGGGAUUAGCAGAAUAAUGCAUCAUUCUGUUUAAAAUUGCAUAUAAUUCAACUAACCUUUCAACUUUAUCGUAUCAAACAAGGCUGUGUCAUCAAAUUUAAAAUGCAUUAUUGUCGUAAGGCACCAGUUUUUUCCAUGCAUGUGUAAAUACCACUUAAAAAUGUGUAUUGAUCGUACUUUGAAAGCCUGGUACCAACUACCUUCUUAAUGGUCUUGGAAAAAAGCAACAUUUUAAAGUAACCUGAGAUGCCACGUUUAGCAAAGACAAAGCAGGUAUUGCUGUUUUUUUUCCAGGAAUUAUUGUCUAUGUAAAACUACAUUUUAUGCAUCAAAUGUAUCACUGCACAAAACAUUACAUGCAAAAUAGCUUUGUGGAACAGCUUUCCUGAUAAGAUUUCAAAAUUAAACAAAUAUCCCACUCCAUUUUUCUACAUUAAUAUGUUGAAAUGAUAACUGACCAUCAACACAUACUUUCCUUCAUUCAAUCUGAAUGCUGUAGUGUACUGUACUGAUUAUUUUUGUCAUAUGUGACUAUGAUAAAGUUGAAAGGUGUUAAGCUAAGAUAAAAAAAAGACAAACUUUUCUGAUGCAGGGUAUGCGUUUUGGAGAAUGUAUAGUUUGAGCUCAGAUGGAAUAUUUUUUUUUGUUUGCAUGUCACAUAGUACACGAUCUGUUAAAUCACUGUAAAAAGUGUCAUAUUAACAAAACUAAGUUCAACUUAGCAUUUUUGGAGGAAUCGUACACAAAUAAAAAUGAUUUAUAAAAACA